UCGAGGGCGAAAAAGCAGAGCUGUUCCGUGUUUUCUGCAGAAGGCGAGUCCAUUGUAGUCUAUUACUCGUCGAGAGGGACAUGUUCAUGUUAUUCUUAUAACAAACACCCCAAAUGCACUGUUUUGAUUACAAGUGACAUCUAAUCCUCAAAAGAGCGAGCACCACCUAUAGGAGAUCGAAAGUGGCUUUUUCAUGGCUCUGUAAACGGAUGCAACAAUAUGCGGAUGGUUUUUACAGCAUCUGGUACAAAAUCUCUGUUCACAUGCGGCAUUUUAAAAGGGAUAGAUAGACAGGAGAUGCCAAACGUCGAGUCACUGGAGAAUGAAAACCUACAUUGAAAGAUCACGUUCAUCUUUGGCCAUCACCACAUGUUAAAUGGAUACAGAAUGGGUAAAUAAUGACGCUUAUUAUUUUCAGUCAUUCGAUCAUUUAAGUGGGUACGACAAUAGCAGUCCUCUAGCACCUUUUCAAAAUAGAAAUGUAGCCACACGAUUUAACCCUGAAAUCACAGGCAACAAACGCAUAAAUAUGUGUAAUGAGGGCAAGAAAUAUGUAAAUAUUAUGUCCUUAUACUGUAGGCUGGAAAACCGGGUUGCUUAAUAAUACGGCAACAAAGACUGUGUUAAGUAUUUUAAAUGGAUAGUCUUGAUCGUGCCGUUUUGGACAUCCAUUUUACAAGUUCUAUCGUUUUUCUCUUUUUCAUAGAGCGCAACAUGUAGUCGAUUUCCUGUGUGCACUGUAAAAUCAGAAGUCCCGCAUAGUGCUCCGGGGUUAUUAUCAACUGAGGACAGAGGCGCAGUUUUCUCAAGCUAAAUAUUGGAAGGAAACGAAAGACAUUGCUCUCGGUAUCAGUCUGUCAACUGCAAAGAAGAAACGAAUCUAGGCCUCUUUUGCACAACUUGCACAAGCUGUCCAUAUUUCCAGUCAUUUUCCUAAAAAUCCCAGUUUUUCCCAACGUGGAUUGCUAGUCAAGCGUUAUCUCAGGUGAAGGGUGGCAAUGUAAACAAAGUGUUGUAUUCGAAAAGAAACAAAGCUAUAUUAUCGCCCCCAAUUUAUUCUUAGUGAAUUUUCCAUGGGCUCACAUGAGGAAAAUUAACAUGGUCCAGGAGACCCUUUAAAUCUCCUUUUGCCUUAGGCCUACAUUUGGAGAACAUUGGAUUGGUGAAUCAACUGACACUGUCAGAGGCGUGUAACUAACAAAUAUGUGAGCAAAGCUAUUCCAAAGUGCAGAUCCUGACAAUCAAGACACUACGUGGGAUUUAAAGGACAUUCGUGACACCUCAGGGCAAAAGGUUGAGUUUACACACAGGAGAAUAAAAGGGAACCCGAUGAGAGAGCACGAUGUAGGCCUACGUUUGAACCUUACAACAGUACCUUGAGGAAUUUUACACCUGCAGAACUACAAACAGAUUUCCACUUUUUUACGACUAGGUCACAGGAAGAAUACCAAACGUAGUCAUUAUUCACGAUGCCUCGCAACAGGGCCUUCUCUGAGCCGGAGUACUCAGCAGAGUAUUCGGCGGACUGCUCUGUGACCCUACCAUCGGACCCGGGCCAUGCCGUGGGGCGCACGCACGAGGUAACGGUUCGCAGCCAAGGGUGCUGCCUCUGCCUCCCACGCUUCAUGCGUCUCACUUUUGCACCCGAGUCUCUGGAGAACCUCUAUCAGACCUAUUUCCGCCGGCAGCGACACGAAACCCUGCUGGUUCUGGUUGUGUUUGCUGCCCUGUUUGACAGCUACAUCAUUGUCAUGUGCGCUGUGGUCUACACAGAUGAAAAGCUGGCCUCUGUGGUGGUGGCAUCAGUAGGCCUGGCAUCCGACAUCCUACUCUAUGUGUUGUGCUGCUACGGCCUGCUACCCGACCGCAUCUCACGACGUGUGGUGCCCUACGCCCUGUGGGUGCUCAUAGCGGCCCAGAUCUUCUGCUACCUGGGCCUGAACUAUGCCCGCUUCCACCAGGCCAGUGACACAGUGGGCUGGCAGGCCUUCUUUAGCUUCUCCUUCUUCCUGACACUGCCCUUGCGGCUCACGCCCAUUGUGCUGAUCACAUCCGUGUCGUGCGGGGUCCACACCCUGGUGCUGGGGGUCACCAUUGCACAGCAGCAGCAGGAGGAUAUCCAGGGGGCUGCCCUCGGGAGACAGCUGCUGGCCAACGUAGUGAUCUAUGUGUGUGCCAUCACUGUGGGCGUCAUGUCCUACUACAUGGCAGACCGGAAACACCGCAAGGCCUUCCUGGAAGCACGGCAGUCCCUGGAGGUCAAACUCAAUCUGGAGGAACAGAGCCAGCAACAGGUGAGACUGACAGACGGAGACAGGGAGGAAGUGUGGUUCUAG